UAAAACUUUAUUGAUUAUGAUACAGAAAGUAAUACAACUCAAUUAAUUGAUAAAGAACGUUAACUGCUCCAAUCCUCCAUCAAACAUACUAGCUGAUGGACUGUGUCAACUAACCUGUGGCACCAACGUGUUAGGAAUAAGUGCCAGAUAUUGGAUUUGUACACAAGUAUUAAGACAUUGUCCAAACACAUAAAAAACAACUUCUCGGAUUGUUGUUACUGGAUUAUUAUAAUAUCGGAAGUAAUUAAGAAGUGCGGAUAUUAAAGUCAAUUAGUUAAUAACACUUUUAACGUCACAAACAUUCUGGAGUGCUGUGUUUCAAGCUAGCAGCUUUACUUAAAGUUAUAAUCAUUAAACUAUUGAAAGGUCACCGUCCAUCAACUUAUAUACAUCUUAAAUCAUGAACACCAGGAAACAAAUAACACGGAUUUAUAACUAUACUUUACUGGCAGAAGGUAAACAAAUGUAUUGCAGUCUUCAUCGAUGUUUAAUCAGCUGUGAAUGUCAAUAUUGAGACAAAUUGAUACAAGAGGAAAACUGUACAGAGCCAAUGUAAAGCUGGCUGUUAUAGAUAUUGGACAACAACACAUACAUGUAGCGUAUAUACAUGUCGUCUGAGAUCACUUACAGCCAAAGCAAAAUGGAUAAUGAAAGGGAACACCUCAUGAUGACUUCCGGCGAUGACAAGAAGACCACUGCUAAUCGACAAAACCUGCAGUUGUCUCGACAUGUUUACACACUAGAUGAUUACGAUCGAGCCUAUCCCGCCCCAGCCCGACAAGAGUUUAGUAUUGUUCGGACAAUCAAAAACAAAUGCACAUGUACCGCAGCAGAUAUUCUUAAAACUAUAUUGUCUUACUUCCCGGUGAUUGAUUUUGCUAAAAAAUACAGAAUAAAGGAAUCCAUCCUUGGCGAUUUCCUUGCAGGAUUGACUGUAAGUUUCAUGCAUCUGCCACAGGCAAUGGCCCUCGGUAUUUUAGCUUCAUUGCGACCGAUCCAUGGCCUCUACACUACGUUCUUCUCUGUUCUCGUCUACAUGAUAUUUGGAACUUCCCCUCAAAUAUCUUUCGGUACGAACGCCGUUAUGGCCCUUCUCACAGCCACUGUAAUUGAACGUGAAGCGGACAUAUUUACUGCCGCUCGACAAGCUGCUAACGAAUCUAUGCCGACUGAUGACGAAAUUAUGGAGAUUAAACUUGGGACAUCGAUGGCUUGCUGUUUUCUUGUAGGGCUUAUCCUGAUGUGUAUGGGUCUUCUAAAGUUUGGUGUAAUCACUACAUACUUGUCUGUUUCGUUUGUUGGAGGGUUUACAACUGCUGUGGCUUUUCACGUUGCGUCAAGUCAAGUUCCGAAAGUAUUUGGGAUUAAUGUACAGACGUUUGAAGGUGCUGGGAAGCUAUUUCGAAUGUACAUUGACUUGUUCUGUAAUAUUGCACAAACAAACGCUGCAGAGUUUAUAAUUGCAAUUGUGUGUAUGUUUACUUUGUUAUUAGUAAAAAUUUGCAUCAACGAAAAGUUCAAGGACAAGAUGAAGAUACCAGUUCCAAUAGAUCUCAUCGUAGCAAUUGUCGGUACUAUAAUAUCUCAUUUUGCAAACUUCAAAGACGUAUUUGGUGUGAAAGUUGCCGGUGAGAUACCGAGUGGUUUUAACCCGCCAGCUCUGCCAUGGUUACGGAAUGCUGGAAGGUUUGCUAGUGACGCUUUUGUUAUGGCGAUCCUAUCACUUACAAUGAGCAUCUCAUUAGCGAAGCUAUGUGCAAACAAACACGGAGUUGUCAUUGACGAUAACCAGGAACUUUUUGCUUACGGGGCAAGUAAUUUCGUGUCGGGAUUUUUUCACAGUUUUCCUUCCGCAACUGCUCCGCCAAGGACAAUGAUUCUAAGUACCCUCGGGGCCAAAACCACACUAAAUGCCAUACCAACAUCAGUGUUCAUUCUUCUUGUAAUUAUGUUCAUAGGACAGUUAUUCGUGUCUCUUCCUUUAUCGUUGAUGGCAGCUAUGAUCAUCAUAUCCAUGAAGGAUCUUCUGUUACAGUACAGAAACUUGCCUCGCAUUUGGAGAAUUAACAAAAUCGAUUUCGUUAUCUGGAGUGUUACAAAUUCCGUAAGUAUCCUUGUUGAUUUGAAUUAUGGGAUACUCGCUGGGGUUGGAAUCUCCAUAUUCCUUAUUAUCCUUCGAGAUCAGUGUGCGAGCGGUAAAAUAGUUGCACGGGCAUCGAACGAAGACAUACUAAUACAUGCACGAGGAGUCGAGCAAACCUCGAGCCUGAGGAUUUUUAAAGUUCCUACCAAUUUGUAUUUCGCCACCGCUGAAAGAAUCAAAGCUCAAAUCUACAAACACAUCACUAACCCAAACAAGAAAAUCACUGUAAACCCAAAUGCAACAGAUCAAUCAGUCAACGUUAAGUAUGGUUUCGUGGAAUCUAAGGGACAAGUUGACGGCAAAGACAAUCGUUCUACCAUAAAUGUUAACAUGGAAUCAGCAGCCUGCUUGAAAAGCGACAAGAUUGAGACAGUCGUGAUUGACCUAUCCUCUGUCCAUUAUAUUGACAUGGCUGGGCUCGGAGUUCUGCAACAAGUGACCAACGUAUAUAAGGAUAUGGGGAUCAACGUGUGUUUGGCAGGUGUGCAGAUUGACGUUGCGGAUACUCUGAAAGCUGGUGACUUCUUUAAAACGUUCCCAAAAUCUGCGGUUUAUUAUGACGUGUUUGAUGCGCUGGAGGCAAACAUGACAGAAUCUAAAUUAUAAUGUUCUGAAAAAUGUAAUGUAAUAAUCACAUCAGAGUAUAAUCACAACUGGACUUCUAUUUCUAACAAAAAAUCAAAUAGUGCCGGUUUUUUUGCUCAUGCAUUCAGUCCGUAAUUUUCUAUGUAUUUGUAUAAUGAACUCAAGGCAAAAAUAUUACAGUUGCGGUCAUAGCUGUACUAAAUAUAUUAUAAACAGAUUUUAAACUAAGGGUUCUGUAAUUCUGACAAAACAAUUGUUCACAUGAUAUUAUGUAUGUCUAUUUAACUCCAUUAUAUCUAAAACAAAGGUGUAUGCAUUAAAGAACCAGUUACGUGAAAACAUAUUGUGGUGUCGUACUUUCAUUAAUUUAAAACAAACUUUCAACAUGCAUGAUAUCAACAGGUUGGAUGUAUACGGAAAAUAACUAUAAGGUUGUCAACAUAUUAAGAUACACCUUGUUUAUUAAAUUGGAAAUUGUUUACAGUGACAUUGUUUGAACAAUCACAAUUAUAUUAUAAUAUCUUAAUCAAAUUACUGUAUAAAGAGCUUCAAUAAGUGACAAACGAGAGACAUUACAUUAGGUAGCUUUUAGCUUUCUGUUCGACAAUUUAAAAAUCUUUAUCAUCUAACAUUUAUCUGAUAUGCUUGCCUCAUUGUAAUGUUGAUAUAUUAUACUGAA